UUAGCAGUCACACUGAUAGAUAUUCAGUAUGAUUUUGAAGAGUUUAUUUAUUAGUUUGUUUGCUAUUAGUUUUGCUUACAUUACUGAUAUUGAAUCAGAGGAUAAGAUCAUUGAUUUAUACGCACACCAUGAUCGUAACUAUGAAAGGAAUGAAGAAAAUGGAAGGACCGUUAUCGAGUGCCAGCACGGCGAGAAGGAGUGUUACGGUAACAAGCUGCACGCAUGCGCUAUAGACAUACUCAAGAAUACUACUCGUUCCGUGACUUACAUCUCCUGUAUGAUGUCAGGACAAAGGGAAAAUUCUGGUUCAAAUGAUAAUGGUGCCACCAGAUGCGGUAAAAAAAUGGGAAUCAAUGCAGAGAAGAUCAUCAAAUGUGCUAAAGGUAAAAAAGGCGAAGAACUACUAGAAUAUUACGGGAAAGAAACCGAUAAAGAUGUUCCGGACCGGGAAGGUGUGCCAUGGUCGCUAAUAAAUGGCAAAUAUGUCAACGGUGUAGGUGAACUUGACAAAUGGCUAGCAACAAUCUGUGCCGCUUUAGACCACCCACCGCCACAGUGUAAAAAAUUGUAAACUAGAUUAAUCAAGAGGAUAAACUGUUCAAAACGUGUAAAAAUACAUCUUUGUGCAGAUUUUAUUUAAGUCAUGUAUACUUUAUGGAAUUCAAAAAUAUUAUUUAUUAAUUUAAGAGGUGUUGGAAUUAAUGUUUAGAUAUGAUUAUAAUGUCAUAAAAAAAUAAA